GCGAGGGGGAGAGGAUGACAGAGGGGACACUGAUGGGGGACGGGGCCCUGGGGGAUGUGGGGACACGGGGGGUGGCAGCGGGGACAGGAGGCUGAGAACGGCAUGGAGGGACAAAGAGGCCGCGGCAGGAGGUCACGAAGUGCCACCAGGUCCCUGACACCUCCCCUGUCCCCUCCCCAGCUGUCGCCGGCCCUGCUGCAGCCGCAGGUGACCGUGGUGGCCACCCUGGCCGAGCUGCUGGCCGCGGCGCCCGGGGAGAACGAGACGCCGCUCGUGUCACCGCGGUGCCACCUGGAGAGGUUCGCCACGGAGCUCCGGGUCACCCUGUCCCGCACGGCUGGCACCUGCUGGCACCACAGCGUCGCCUCCAACGACGGUGACGCUGCCACCUCCCUGAGCCAGGCCCUGGCCGCCUACGGGAGCAUGGCGCGGAGCUCGCGGAAGCGUGUGGCAAUGGUGGCCGUCGUGUGGUACAUGGCGGUGCGUGGGCUCGGGGACAGCUGGGCACGGCUGGCCAGGAAAGCCAGCAAGCUGCGCAGGGCCUGCGGGGACGCGGCCACCAGGAUGGACACCAGGAUGGACACCAAGGGGGACACCAAGGCGGCCACCGCCCGGGCCAGGCGCCUGCAGGACGAGGCUGCCCGUGAUGGGACAGCUCAGGAAAACGUGGUGGAGCAGGGUCAGGCCCUGAGCAGAGAGGAGGGGGCUGAGGUGGUGGCCGGGCACGAAGCCAGGGUGGCUGCCAGCGAGGCAACAACGGCCACCAUGGAGAGGCAGCGACUGGAGGUGACCCUGGGGCUGCUGGAGCGCUUGGUGGCCGCGUGUGACGAAGCCGCCGCGCUCCCCCGGCAGCUGCAGCACCUCCUCAGGGACAUCGAGGCCGCCCUGGAGGGGACAAAUGACCCGUCCCCCGAAGUCCCCAAGGACUUGGUGGCCAAGGUGGCCGAGGCCGAGCGGCUGUGGGAGGCCAACACCUGCCUGGCCGAGGAUCACCUGCUGGGGGCAGUUGGGGACAUCAUCGAGUUCUGCAUCAAUGGUGGUCGCAGCGGCCCCAGUGGGGUGGCCGAGCGGUGCCAAAGAGCCAUCGAGGACAUCCCAAGGCUCCUUCGACUCCCGGAGUGUCCCCAAGGUGUCCCCAAGGUGUCUGCAGCGAGCGUGGAUCCCCAAGAGGGUUCCUGCACCUGGCCCUGGAGAGCUUCACCCAUCAGCUCUCCUUCACCCUGGACCACGCUGGCCUCACCUGGUGGCACCGCGAGGAUGAGCCUCCCAUCUCCCUGGGCCGGGUCCUGGCUGCCUACGAGAGCACCCCAGGGGUCACCUGGGACCAUGUGACAACGAUGGCCAGUGAGUGGCAGC